CCCACCGGAAGUAUUACAAAACUGUCAUGGCGGCUUUUGGUGUUCAUUUUGGCACGUGUUCUGCGUGCCUUGCUGUUUACAAGGAUGGGAAGGCGGAUGUUGUUGCUAACGAUCUCGGAGACAGAGUUACGCCCUGUGUUGUUGCAUUCACCGACCAUGAUCAGUCGGUCGGGGCGGCAGCCAAGCAGGGCAUUAUCAGGAAUGCAGCCAACACCAUCAGUAAUGUUAAACAAAUUCUGGGGCGGAAGAUGGAGGACCCAGUGGUUGAGAACUUCAGCGCCAAGUCUACAGCCAAGGUGGUGGAGAAGAAUGGGAUCCCUCAGUUUGAAGUGAACCACAAGGGGAAGACGAGUCAGUACUCCGCCAGUCAGGUCGCGGAGAUUAUCUACAGGAAGAUGCUAGAAACUGCCCAGAGUCACGGAGGAAGUGGCAUUCAGGAUGCUGUACUCACUGUGCCAUUUGGCUUUGGGCCUGAACACAAAAACACCUUCAGUGAGGCUGCCACCAAAGCCGGCUUCAACAUCCUCAGGUUAAUCAACGAAGCAUCAGCUGCAGCCUUGGCGUAUGACCUUGGGCAGAUGGACCAUUCAGAGAGCAGCUAUGCCCUGGUGUACCGGCUUGGAGGCACGUCAAGCGAUGCCACAGUGCUGAAGAUAGAGAACGGCAUGUACAGAGUCUGUUCAUCCACAGCAGACACUCAGUUCGGAGGCAACCAGUUCACAGAAGUCCUGCUCAAGUAUCUUGCUACUGAGUUUAAGAGACAGUACAAGGCUGAUGUGACUGAAAACAAGCGCUCGGUUACCAAGCUACGCUUCGCUGCUGAAACCUGCAAGCAUGCUCUGUCCACGCUGGGUAAUGCCAAGUGUGCCGUCGACUCUCUCUACGAUGGCAUGGACUUCCAUCACGGGGUGUCAAGGGCCCGGUUUGAGAGUCUGUGCACCAGUCUCUUGCAGCAGGGCAGUGGCCUCAUAGAGAAGUGCCUCGCUGAGGCAGGGCUCAACAAGACAGACAUCAGUAAAGUGAUUCUGUGUGGGGGCGGGGCCAAGGUGCCGAUUGUGCAGAAGUCCGUGGCUGACACUGUCAAAGGAGCAGAGAUUCUGACCUCCAUAUCUCCAGAUGAGGUCAUUGCCAUGGGAGCAGCUAAAGAGGCAGCAUUCCUUGUUGGGAAGGAGAUCGAAGAUUUGAAAGAUCAUGAAGAGCACACCCAGGCCAGGUGCCUCUCCAGCUGUGUCUGUGUGAAGGUAUCCGAUGAUCCCGAGACGGACAACCUGAUCACAGCGCUGCCGAAGCUUAGCCUCAUCCCUUCCAGGAAGCAGCACACUUUCACACUUGCUGACGCCCAGGACAACUUCAGCAUGGAGGUCUACGAGGCCAGUGACCCGCCCACACUACAAAACUCGUCCCUACUAGCCAGGAUAGUGAUGCGAGACCUUCCUACGCCAAGCAGUAUACAGGCAAACUUCCAUCUAAGAAGAGAGGGUACCCUCCAUGUGACCUGCCAAGAGCUGACUUCAAACAGGGAAGAAAGUGUCACGAUUGGCAUCAGCUGAUGAUGGGGCAGUCUACAAGCGUUAUGUGACAAACUUUCCUGUGCCAGUAAAAUCAAAUAUGAAAAUGUGGUCAGUCAUUGGAUAUGUUGUUCACCAUUGUUGUGUAUCAUGAAAGCAUCCUGACUUCAUAUGUAGAUUAACAUAUUUUCUGUUAAUAUGAACAUUGUAAAUAUGUUUUUGCAAGACAACGGUUUGUUCUGUCUUUGUAGCAUAAUGUGGUAAGUUGUCUCCCUUUAGCUGAUUGUGGAGGCUGUGCAUGUGUUGUUGGCUCCACACAAUAUCAUUAAAGUCAGAUUUGUACUCCAGUGGGAUUCCACUCUGCAUUGAUGAGUGAGUGAGUGUGUUUUUAUGAUGCUUUUAGCAGUAUUCCAGCGAUAUCACAGCAGGGGACACCAGAAAUGGGCUUCACACAUUGUACCCAUGUGGGAAAUUGAACCCAGGUCUUUGGCAUGAUGUGCCAAAGCUUUAACCACUCAGCUACCCCACCGCCCCGCAUAAAGAUCUGAAAACACCCCGAUGGGAGGUUGCAUCAGGUGAACUUUCCUACCAGGGUGAAGGCUUCUAAAUUAUCAUUAUGAGUGACCAAAGCAUUCAGACAACCAUACCUGAUGUCUGUAUCACAAAAACAAAUAUAAUUGGGUAGCUCCAAAUGCAAAAAGGUAAAGCUAUGCUGUUAUAUUGUUGGGGAUAUUUUAUGCACCUUGUAGUUAUAGAGCACCAUGGCAUCUACACCCAUCUACUAUCGAGGGUGGCAUUGUUUUGAGACUUUUCUUUUCCUCAGAUGGAACAUGCUGAUUUAAGGCAUUACAGAAACGAAACUGAAUCGUUUUAGAAAACUGACAAAACAUGGCUGAGGAACCCACACUUCCUUCUAGACUGGAUGGUCAAUGUUCACUCUGGGCUCAGCCAUCUUCCCGAGGCAAGGGAGUUAACUGACUUUAAAAGUCCAGUUUCCACCCUUGCCGAACUAGGCUGGAAUUAAUGGGCUUGAUCGUAGCGCCACCAGUGGCUAUUACCAGUUAUAUAU